UGAGCUGUUCUGUACUCUACGAUAAUAAAAUACUCGAUAGAUGCCGCUGUUCGUUAAUACAUCUGUCAUAUGUGACAAUAUAAUAAUUUUUCAGACCAUCUAAUAACGAAAAUGGCAGGAGCCCUGGUGAGGAUAAAUUUUCUUCAGCGACCACCAUUCGCUUGUGCCAGUUUGCCUGCGGUGGCACAGCGGCGAUUGCAGGGAACCGCAGCGCCUCCUCCAGGUACACCCCCACCUCAAACUAAAACUAAAUUUGGACCUCUAGCAGAUCAAGAUCGUAUUUUUACAAAUCUAUAUGGUCGACAUGACUGGCGUUUAAAGGGAGCAUUGAAACGCGGCGAUUGGUACAAAACCAAAGAAAUUCUAUUAAAGGGUACUGACUGGAUAAUCAAUGAAUUGAAAACAUCUGGUCUUCGCGGACGCGGAGGUGCUGGCUUUCCCUCUGGUAUGAAAUGGUCUUUUAUGAACAAACCCUCUGAUGGACGCCCAAAAUACUUGGUUGUAAAUGCUGAUGAAGGUGAACCGGGAACGUGCAAGGAUCGUGAAAUUAUGAGACAUGACCCUCAUAAGUUAGUAGAGGGAUGUUUAGUGGCUGGCAGAGCAAUGGGUGCGAGGGCUGCUUAUAUAUACAUUCGCGGUGAAUUUUAUAACGAGGCUUCUAACAUGCAACUAGCUAUUGCCGAAGCAUAUCAGGCGGGAUUAAUUGGAAAAAAUGCAUGUGGCUCAGGAUACGAUUUCGAUGUAUUUAUGCAUCGCGGUGCAGGUGCAUAUAUUUGUGGAGAGGAAACUGCUCUAAUUGAAUCACUUGAAGGCAAACAAGGAAAACCUCGACUAAAGCCCCCAUUCCCAGCCGAUGUUGGCGUUUUUGGAUGUCCUACUACGGUAAACAACGUAGAAACAAUUGCAGUUGCUCCCACUAUCAUGAGGCGUGGUGGUGCCUGGUUUGCAAGUUUUGGACGUACUCGUAAUUCGGGCACAAAAUUGUUUAACAUUUCCGGACACGUAAACAAACCCUGCACAAUAGAGGAAGAAAUGUCAAUCCCUCUUAAAGAAUUAAUUGAACGUCAUGCUGGUGGUAUUCGUGGUGGUUGGGAUAAUUUACUUGGUGUGAUUCCUGGUGGCUCAUCUACCCCCGUAAUCCCAAAAAAAGUUUGCGAUGAUGUAUUAAUGGAUUUUGAUGGUUUGAUUGCUGCUCAGACUUCGCUUGGAACAGCUGCCCUUAUCGUUAUGGAUAAAUCCACUGAUAUAAUCAAGGCUAUUGAACGUUUAACCGCGUUUUACCGCCAUGAAAGCUGUGGUCAGUGCACACCAUGCCGUGAAGGUAUUAUGUGGAUGCAUAAGAUCAUGAAGCGUUUCGUUGCCGGUAAUGGUCAGCCCGACGAGAUAGAUAUGUUGUGGGAGAUAUCCAAACAGAUUGAAGGGCACACAAUCUGUGCUUUAGCCGAUGGUGCAGCUUGGCCUGUGCAGGGCUUAAUUCGGCAUUUCCGACCUGAAAUCGAAGAGCGGAUGAAGAAAUAUGCAGUUAGAGCAACUAAUUAAGCAACUCUUUAAAACACGAUAACAAGUUAAUAAGUGCUUAUAAAUGUUGUAGAUUAAUACCAGUUCUAUAUAUUAUUGGUGAAAAAUAAAUAUAUUAAUAUUUAA